UGCGCAAUGCGCUAUUCGGCCUAAAGGAUAUUAUGAAAAGUAAUUUUUAAUUAUUUUUAAAAGUUGCAGAUAAAUUCUGGGUACUCGAAAACAGGCGAAAAGAAUGUCCAAGAUUUAAUAAAAUUCUGUUAUUUGGAGGUUUAAGCCUGUUCUCCCUCCCUUCCUGUACCUCUUCUGUAUUACUAUCCAAUAGUUCCGUUUGAAUGAAUAUCAUUGUAAGGGCUACAGAGCUAUUAUCUGAAAAUACAUGAGGGUCUACCUAACACUUCUAGCAAUCCAACAUUUCAACACUCGAAUUUAUGUCUAAAGUUCAUUUAAGGCUACAAAAAAAUCCACAAAAAACAAACAAAACCUUCCGUAAAAGCAAGCCAAGACCUUAGUGAGUAACUGGGGUAUCGAUGAUGAAACUAAACGAAAUGUGGCAGGACUCCCAUUUCAGGCAUGUGGUCUCUGCUCCUGGCUUCAGCGGAAGCCGCCUACGAGACCGUUGUCCCUUUAUUUGUGUGUAAUGUGGCUUUAAUUCAGUGUUGUAUAAAGUUACACGUCCAGUUGUUUUCCUAUAGUUGGUGAUGUAUUAACACUUGGUUUUGAAAACAAGGCAGAAAAGAAAAUAAAUGCUUAAUGACCUGUUAACAGAUUCCAGACAAUCCUUUUCUGUUGCCAAACUCCAAAUGGUGGACUUGUGAAAGAAUUCCCUUUGGACCAGGUCCAUUGUGGGUAGUAUUCAGGACAAAUGUUUGUGCUUAAGGUGCAUGAUUUCCUACUUGGCUAUAUGCUUCACUCAUAAUUGGCCCAUUGCUACUGGCAAUACUAUCAACAAUGUUUUUCAUCAAGGACAUUGGUAGUAUUUUAAAAUUAUUUUUCUGUGUGUAUUUUAAUGCUAUAAACAGCCAGUGCAAAUUAGGCUUGCUCUCAGUAUAUCGUUUUACAUCGUUGAUCUAUAAUUCAUUACCUGAGCACACGAGGGGAGGCAGUGUUGUGAAUUGUACACUGGGAAACUACUUGGGGAAACCAUGCUUUGUACUUUUAACGUGUAUAAUUCUAUUUAAGAUCAAGCAAGGCUUAGUGUGUGCCUGAUUUUCUUCUUUGAAAAUGGAUUUGCUAUCCGGGGUUUGCAGCUGAUGAUGCUUUGGCUUUAAUAUGUUUGCUGCUGCCACCAAGAGCUUUGUCAAGCAAGUUGGAGAUGGAGGGAGAUUAGUGCCCGUUCCCAGCCUCAGUGAAGCUGACAAAUACCAGCCUUUAAGUCUGGUGGUGAAAAAGAAGAGAUGCUUUCUGUUUCCUAGAUAUAAAUUUACCUCAACACCAUUUACACUGAAAGAUAUUCUUCUAGGAGACAGAGAAAUUUCAGCUGGCAUUUCAUCUUAUCAGUUACUGAAUUAUGAAGAUGAGUCAGAUCUUUCUCUCUAUGGAAGGCGAGGGAACCAUAUUGUAAACGACGUUGGGAUUAAUGUUGCUGGGUCAGAUUCCAUCGCUGUAAAAGCUUCAUUUGGUGUAGUAACCAAACAUGAAAUAGAAGUAUCAACAUUACUCAAGGAAAUUACUACACGAAAAAUUAAUUUUGAUCACAGUUUGAUCCGUCAGUCAAGGAGCAACAGAAAGGCGGUAUUAUGUGUGGUUAUGGAAAGCAUUCGAACCACACGACAGUGCUCUCUGUCGGUGCAUGCUGGAAUUCGAGGGGAAGCAAUGCGGUUUCACUUUAUGGAUGAACAGAAUCCCAAGGGAAGAGAAAAAGCUAUUGUGUUUCCAGCACAUACAACUAUAGCUUUCAGUGUUUCUGAGCUCUUUAUUUACCUGGAUGGUGCCUUUGACCUUUGUGUCACUUCAGUGUCAAAAGGAGGAUUUGAAAGAGAAGAAACAGCCACGUUUGCACUGCUCUACAGAUUGAGAAAUAUACUGUUUGAAAGAAAUAGAAGAGUGAUGGAUGCCAUAUCUCGUUCACAGCUUUACUUGGAUGACCUUUUUUCUGACUACUAUGACAAACCUCUCAGCAUGACUGAUAUUUCACUCAAAGAAGGAACUCAUAUCCGAGUUAACUUGCUUAAUCACAACAUUCCAAAAGGGCCUUGCAUACUCUGCGGAAUGGGGAACUUAAAAAGGGAGACGGUUUAUGGGUGCUUUCAGUGUUCUGUCGAUGGGCAGAAGUAUGUGAGACUUCAUGCAGUCCCUUGUUUUGAUAUUUGGCAUAAGAGAAUGAAAUAAAAUGAAAAAUGAAUAUACCUUACUGGUGUUUAAAGUGCAGUUGUGCCAGAAAACCCUCCUUAAAUUAUCUAGAAUUGUUUUGAUGAAUCAAAUUAAAAAGGAACAAUAAAAAUAAACCUAUUUGGGCAUCAUUUCCCAGUAGAGAUAAUAAUAGUAUCUACCUCUGUUGUAGUGUGGAUUUUACUGUGGGUAUCUCCCAAAGGUGCAUGUGGUAAAGGCUCGGUCCCCAGAAUCUUAUGGGUUAUUGUUAAUGGUUAAUAGAUCAUGGCUGGAAUCUUAAUCUAAUUACGUUGUCCAAGGUGGCACCUGUGGAAAGUGGUUACAUUAGAUUAGGUGGUUAGGGGGCGCCCCCAUGAGGGAAUUGGACUUUUUAAGGCGAGCUCACAUAGAUACUGAUGAUAAGUGUCUUCCUUUCUCUCUGCUUCCUGGUUUUCCAUGCGUGUGUUCUCCUGCACAUGCUGUGCCAUUGCCGUUGCCACCCUCACAGACAGCUAAACCUAUGGAACCUGCCUGAUCUUGGACUGUUUGAGCCUCCAAAACUGUGAGCACCCCCACCCCAAAAUCCUCCUUUCUUCAUAAGUACUAGUGCUACUAUUUCCUUAUAAUAGCAAAAAGCUAACAAAUACAACUUUAUAGAAGAGUAAUAGAGUUGUUUAUAUAAAAAAAGUUAUAAAAAUCAAAUUCAGAAUAUAGUUGUUCCUUCAUGAAGAUGCCUCUUACUUUAAAAUAAUUUCUGGAAUUUUAGUUAAUCAUUUAAGAUAAUUUUUAUAUAGUUAAAAUUUCUAAAUGUUUUAUUUUCAUUAAAUUUUUAAUUCAGUGUUUAAGGAUAAGAAAAUUGUACAAGUGGCAACUCUAUAUAGUAUUUUAACUAUUGCCCUUGAUUUGGUAAAUAAAAAUGGGUUAAUAACUUAAUGUAAUCCCACAUGUUUAACUGCAGUAUCAAGUUAAAAGCACAUUGUGCUCAGCAUGUUAACUUCAUAUACAAGUUAGUUAGUGUUGGGCUGCUGUUUUGUGAUGUAUAUUUGCUAUUUUGUCAUCAUCAAUCAUCAUCAAACUCAUUACUGUCAUUCUAAAGUUAAGGCAGAUAGGAUAUGUCUCUCUCCUUCUUUAAAAAUGUUUAAAACAUUUAACAUACUUUGUUCUGAAAGAUAUUUUUCAUCUACUCUGUAAGAAAUAUGAGUCACAAUUUGCUGUUAAGCAGCCACUUGAGAUAUCUGUAUUAUAUCAGAGUACUUGAGUUCAAAUCCCAUCUCUGCUAGCCAUUCCAGCUCCCUGCUUAUGUGGACCCUGGGAGGUGGCAGGUUGGAGACCCAGACUGGGUUCCUGGUGCCUAGUUACGACUUGGCUCAGCUCUGGCAGCAUUUGGGGAAUAAACUAAUGGAUGGGAGCUCUCUUUGUCUCUCUGUUUCUCUGCCUUCCAAAAACAAAUUAAAAAAAAAAAAAAACACCUGAAUUUUUCAUCACAACAACCUAAAUUAAAUUGCUACCCACUUUUAUAAAAAAUAAUAGCUAAAUUAAUAUGUUAAAAUUCUAGAACUUAAAUGUAAUCAUAGGACUCACUGCUAGAUAUAUGCAUAUGAAUUCAUAAAACAAGCAGGCAGAAAUACACAAAUACAAAAUUAUACAUACUAUCAUAUGUAAUAGAGUGAUUAAAAAUAUAUUUCUUGAAGCUGGCGCAUUAUCGAGUAAGACUGUGGCCUGUGGUGCCGGCACCCCAUAUUGGUGCCAGUUUGAGUCCCAGCUGCUCCACUUCUGAUCCAGCUCUCUGUAAUGGCCUGGGAAGGUGGUGGAGUAUGGCCGAAGUCCUUGGGCCCCUGCACUGGCAUGGGAGACCUAGAAGAAGCUCCUAGCUCCUGGCUUUGGAUUGGCGCAGCUCCUGCCAUUGCGGCCAUCUAGGGAGUGAACCAGUGGAUGGAGGACCUCUCUCUCUCUCUCUGCCUCUGCUCUCUGUAACUCUGCCUUUCAAAUAAAAAUAAAUAAAAUUUUAAAAAAUGUAUUUCUUGGGGCUAGCUAGCAUUGUGGCGUAGUGGGUAAGGCCACCACUUGCAAUGCCAGCAUCCCAUAUGGGCAUCAGUUUGAAACCCAGCUGCUCCACUUCUGAUCUCAUUCCCUGCUAAUGAGCCUGGGAAAACAACAGAAGAUGGCCCAAGUGCUUUGGUGCCUGUGCCCAUGUGGGAGACCUGGAAGAAGUUCCACACUCCUGGCUUCAGUUUGGCUAGCCAUGGCAGUUGCAGGCAUCUGGGGAAUAAACCAGUGGAUGGAUGAUCUCUCUCUAA